AUGGUGUUACGUGGAUACGACGCUACCCUCUGUUCUCGCUUCGCCAGUUCCUGCUCAAGGAUUCUUCGUGGGAUCGCCAAUAGUCUAAAGAAGUGCGAUGUAAUAGCCAUAAGAACAUGCGCAGAACUCGAGGGUGAAUAUAUUGGUUUCAUCGAAAGAGAAUGUCAAAAAAAAGUUCACUUAAGCGGUCCACUGCUCCCUGACCUGGAAGAGAACAUAGGUAAGACACUAGAAGAUCGAUGGAGUCAUUGGUUGGAUAAAUUCAAACCAGGCUCGGUAGUGUUUUGUGCGUUUGGAUCCCAAGUCUUUAUGGAGAAGAAGCAAUUCCAAGAACUUUGUUUAGGAAUGGAGCUUACAGGUUUACCGUUUUUGGUAGCGGUUAAGCCGCCAAGAGGCUCGUCAACGACUCAAGAAGCCUUACCAGAGGGGUUCGAAGAGCGGGUUAAAGAGCGUGGGAUCAUCUGGGGAGAAUGGUUGGACCAACCUUUGAUAUUGUCUCAUCGAUCAGUAGGUUGCUUUGUGAACCACUGUGGAUUUGGUACAAUGUGGGAGUCUUUGGUUAGGGAUUCUCAGAUUGUGCAUAUUCCGAAUUUGGCUGAUCAAGUUCUGACCACAAGAUUUUGUGCUGAGGAACUCGAGGUCUCUGUGAAGGUGGAAAGAGAAGAUUCCGGAUGGUUUUCUAAAGAGAGUGUGAGAGAUGCGGUCAAAUCUGUGAUGGACAAAGAUAGUGAGAUUGGGAAUCUAGUGAGGAGGAAUCAUAAGAAACUGAGAGAGACUUUGCUUAGUCCUGGAUUGUUGAGUGGUUAUGCUGACAAGUUUGUGGAAACAUUGGAGAAUGAAGUUAACAAGACGAAAUUGUCUUGA